AUGGUGUUAAUCAAAGACAAUGAAGAUUUCGAUCCGGUAGCAUUUACAGAUCAACAAGAACAAGCAACCAAACAUAAUACAAAGCUAAUCAUCGGAAUCAUCUUCAAUCUAAUCAUCAUAUCCAUCUUCCUCAUCAUACAUUUUGCCCAUCCCAAAAAACCACAAUUCAUCAUUCAAGACGCCACUGUCUUCACCUUCAACCUCUCGUCGUCGUUCCCGCCGUCGAAUCUUCUCUCGUCCACUCUACAAAUCACCAUCGCCUCCAAAAACCCAAAUGACAAUUCGGGUAUCUAUUACGACGAUCUGGGUAUCUACGCAGAAUACAAGAAUCAACAAAUCACUUACGAAACAGACAUUCCUAGAGGAGUAUAUCAGGGCCAUAAGGAGACUCAUGUUUGGUCUUUGCUUAUCAACGGCACCAACGUACCUAUUGCUCCUUACAAUGUACCCUUUCUCAAACAGGAUCAGUCUAAUGGGAUUAUUAAUCUUACAAUUAAGCUUGACGGCCACGUCCAUUGGAAGAUCGGGGCGUUAAAUACCCGUAAGUACCAUAUUCACGUACUAUGUUCUGCUAUGUUGGAUUUUGGCCAGGGUAAAUUCGGUAGUAACGAUUUUAACGGCGUUUUUGUCUUUGAGUCCGUCAAGUAUCUGCUAUAUCGGCGAUGCAGUGUCACUGUAUAAUCAAGUGAAUAAAUUUUCAUUAUUUAUAUUUUA